AUGUCUCCAGUUGUAUUGUUUUCCACCGUGAGUCUUUUGCUUGUCUGCUACUCCGCAGUGACCUUUGGAAGUUCUGUUUUAUUGAACUCAAACGCCAUUAAAAUGAUUCCAGGAGUAGCAAGCUCCAAUCACCCGGUUAGUGCGAUCCCGGAGGAGCCCACAGUCGACGACGGCAAUCAGAACUUGGCAAUUGACACUAUGCAGCCUCUAAUUUGCAUGGCUGACGAGGAGUGCGGCGACGAGGAGUUCUGCUUGUUGUCUCGUGGCACGUGUCUUCAGUGCAAGAGACGCAGGAAACGCUGUAUCCGGGACGCUAUGUGCUGCCCUGGCAACCACUGUAGCAAUGGAGUUUGCUUGCCAAAUGAUCAUGAAAUGGUUCAGCAAGGUGAAGUGGAAGAGUUUAACUCUCUUGGGAUGCCAAAUGAGGAGAACACUACAGCGGCACUGCAACCCAAAGUGACUUCUCAGAGUCUGCCACAAAAUGUCAAAGGUCUAGAGGGCGAGAAUUGUCUGAGAUCCUCAGACUGUGCAGAAGGACUUUGCUGUGCGCGCCAUUUCUGGUCCAAAAUCUGCAAACCUGUCCUGAAAGAGGGUCAGGUCUGUACUAAACACAGGAGGAAAGGUACCCACAGUUUGGAGAUAUUCCAGCGUUGCGAUUGUGGGGUUGGUCUCUCAUGUAGAACACAAAGAGGUGACCACGGCAGCAAGUCCUCUCGGAGUCUUCACACGUGCCAGAAACUUUGA